CGGCGGUGGCGGCGGAGGCGGCGCGGAGGCUCCUCGCACCGGCUGGUGGCUGACCUGCCUCCCUCGUUUUUAAUGCUGAAGCCAGAUUGUUUUAUCUAAAGAUGGAAACACUGGAGUCGGAACUAACUUGCCCAAUUUGCCUGGAGUUAUUUGAAGACCCGUUGCUUCUGCCGUGCGCUCACAGCCUGUGCUUCAGCUGUGCCCACCGCAUCCUAGUCUCCAGCUGCGCCUCUGGCGAGCCCCUUGAACCCAUCACUGCCUUCCAGUGCCCCACUUGUCGCUAUGUCAUCUCCCUCAACCAUCGGGGCCUGGAGGGCCUUAAGCGCAAUGUGACCUUGCAAAACAUCAUUGACCGCUUCCAGAAGGCUUCCCUGAGCAGCCCCAACUCCCCCAGUGAGAACUGCCGCGAGCGGCCAUACCGCCAGAGCCCAACCAUGUCUACUGGCGACAGGAUAUCCUGCCAGUUCUGUGAGCAGGACCCUCCACGGGAUGCUGUGAAGACCUGCAUUACAUGUGAGGUGUCUUAUUGUGAUCGCUGCCUGCGGGCCACGCACCCAAACAAGAAGCCGUUCACCAGCCACCGGCUGGUGGAGCCCGUGCCGGACGCACACUUUCGUGGUCUCACUUGUCUGGAGCACGAGAAUGAGAAAGUGAACAUGUACUGUGUGGCUGAUGACCAGCUCAUUUGUGCCUUAUGCAAACUCGUGGGACGGCAUCGAGAUCACCAGGUGGCGUCCCUCAGUGACCGAUUUGAGAAGCUCAAGCAAACACUGGAGAUGAACCUCACCAACCUAGUUAAGCGCAAUAGCGAACUAGAAAACCAGAUGGCCAAACUGAUACAGAUCUGCCAGCAGGUGGAGGUGAACACGGCCAUGCAUGAGGCCAAACUGAUGGAGGAGUGUGAUGAGUUGAUGGAGAUCAUCCGGCAGCGCAAACAAGUGAUUGCUGUGAAGAUCAAAGAGACAAAGGUGAUGAAGCUGAGGAAGCUGGCCCAGCAGGUAGCCAACUGCCGACAGUGCCUGGAGAGGUCCACCGUCCUCAUUAACCAAGCAGAGCAUAUUCUGAAGGAGAACGAUCACGCACGAUUCCUCCAGACGGCAAAGAACGUGGCAGAGAGGGUCGCCAUGGCAACCGCAUCCUCUCAAGUUUUGAUACCAGAUAUCAAUUUUAACGAUGCCUUUGAAAACUUUGCUUUAGACUUUUCCAGAGAGAAGAAACUGCUGGAGGGGUUGGAUUAUCUAACAGCCCCUAACCCACCAUCGGUCCGCGAAGAACUUUGCACUGCCUCCCAUGACACUAUCACUGUCCACUGGAUCUCAGAUGACGAAUUCAGUGUCAGCUCCUAUGAGCUCCAGUAUACCAUCUUCACGGGCCAGGCCAACUUCAUCAGCUUGUACAACUCCAUGGACAGCUGGAUGAUCGUCCCCAACAUCAAGCAGAACCACUACACGGUGCAUGGGCUGCAGAGUGGCACGCGAUACAUCUUUCUCGUCAAGGCAAUAAACCAGGCCGGCAGCCGGAACAGUGAACCUGCCAGGCUCAAGACAAACAGUCAGCCCUUCAAACUGGACCCCAAAAUGGCUCACAAGAAGCUAAAGAUCUCCAAUGAUGGACUCCAGAUGGAGAAAGAUGAGAGCUCCCUGAAAAAGAGCCACACGCCUGAGAGGUUCAGUGGGACGGGGUGCUACGGUGCAGCAGGCAACGUUUUCAUCGACAGUGGCUGCCAUUACUGGGAAGUGACUGUGGGCUCCUCCACCUGGUAUGCCAUUGGUAUCGCCUACAAAUCAGCCCCAAAGAACGAGUGGAUUGGCAAGAACUCUUCCUCCUGGGUCUUCUCCCGGUGCAACAACAACUUUGUGGUGCGCCACAAUAACAAAGAGAUGUUGGUGGACGUUCACCCGCAGAUGAAGCGCCUGGGCAUCCUCCUGGACUAUGAUAACAACGUCCUGUCCUUCUAUGACCCGGCCAACUCCCUGCACCUCCAUACUUUUGAGAUAUCCUUUAUUCUCCCUGUCUGCCCCACUUUCACGAUUUGGAACAAAUCGUUAAUGGUUGCCUCGGGUCUGCCUGCUCCAGACUUCAUAGACUACCCCGAGCAACAGGAAUGCAACUGCCGCCCUCACGAGUCCCCGUAUGUAUCAGGGAUGAAAGCCUGCCAUUGAGGCACUUGGAGGCCCCUCCCUUCCAGCCAAGCCUCAGGAACUUCUGCGCAACUCGACUGGAAGGUGGGCCUUGCGUCCUGCAGCGGUCAACAGCAACUCACCACGUCUAGCUGGCUUGUAUCUUGAGCGAAGCAUCUCCAGCACACACCCUAUGGAAGGGUGUGGGUGGUGUUUCAUGGACUUCUUUGUUUUGUUUUUUGUUUUGUUUUGUUUUGGGUAGCACUACUGAAUUUUCUCCAAUGGAGUUGGCAUGUCUUGUUUCAGUUUCCUAGUGGGAAAAAGAUGUUGUGGCUGAGCAUGGGGGGCGACCUCCUCAGCUACUGGAAUGUUGACAAAUGAGAGUUUACUUCUGUAUGAAAAGAAAUUGCUCAGAUGUCUGGGAUUCUCCCCCCUCCUGCUGUGUUGAGAGAGCUAAGCAGAAUUUUGGAACCCAAGCCAUUAAUUAGAAAAUACAGGGCUGAUCCACGUGUGACAAUCGCAUACACGGGUUUUUGGUUUUGUGCAAACGCAGUAUGCGUGCACAGGGAAGUCUUGGCGAAUCUCAGCUUCCGUGCAAACAUGGUGAAAACCCCAGCGCUGUGGCUGUCCCAUGUGGCCAUUUUCAUGAAGGUUGUGUUUCAUUUCCUACGUGGAGGGGCCUUCUGUGUAGGAGUUUUUAAUUGUGCAAAAUAGCCCAUAGUAUUACAAGGGCCACUGCACUUAGUGCAGAAAUGAGAGAAGCAGUGGCUGCCCAGAAGUUUAUGACUACUGAAAUGUAUCUGGCUUUGAAAGGACGGGUUGCUUGUUCCGUGUGCUCCAGAUUCCUGGAUUGGCUAUUCCAACCAGUACAGGACCCAGAAUGAUCCUCUCCAACUGCUUCUGCCCAUUCUCGUUGCUCAGAUCAUUUGGUUGGAGAUGGGCUUGAACAGUUGGCGUUCCCUUGAAAACCUGUCCUGACCAAAGUGGGCUCGCUGCCUUCUCCUACACCUCCUGUAUCUGCCAAGGGCUUUCAAACAGUGCGUGGCAUCUCUGGCUUUGGUUUGCCGAGGGAAACCCAGGUGGAUGGAGGAGCCAGGAAGCCUUUAGAAAAUUGGUCUAGAGAAUGUUGUACACAACCACAUAGCAUCCCAUUGAGGAGGGGCGUCUUGGGAGGCACGCACAAAGGAUACAAUACACUGAAUUAGCAGUGCAGACAAGCCUGGAAUUGCAAGGCCAGCUUCUUUGUCCAGAGUAAGCACGUGGGAAAUGUUAGUAUUUAUGGCUUCUGACUUCGAUGGGAAACAGAUCAGGCUUUGGGAAUGGAAUUUAUUGUUGCCAGGCCAUACAACAACAACUCUGGGAGUUUGCAGUAAGGUUCCAUGCUAUCUAGUCGUAACGGCCAAGUCCCAGGAUUCAGCAUUCCACGGGUAAUUUGCAGGUUCCAGCUGACGUUCCUCUGCAGUAAUGGACGCAUUAUUGCUAGCUGCUAAAUUAUCACCAACAUUUG